GUUGAAGAUUUGAGUGGAGCAGAAAUCACCAGCACAUUGCCCACGCUGCAGCCCGCACAACUGCACAGGUGAUCUGCAUUGGAACUAAACGUAACUGCUGGGGAAACCGCUGUAUCGUCCAAAGGGAUUAAGCCACUGCCAAAUAUGAACUCUAAUAUCUUAAAAGAUUUCCUGAAAAUGCCGGAGAAGUCUUCCUUUGUUCAACAAUUCAACCAGUGCGUCAUCGCUGCAUCCCAAAGAGUCAAAGAAUACAUUGGAUUUGAGGACCCGGAAUGCAAGCUGAAGAUACGUAAUUCCAUGCUGUCUGAUAUUUUCUUGAUGACCUACAUUAACCGGAGCGUCCAGUGCAAAGUGGCGGAAGCCAUCAGUUGUACGCGGAUGACGGAGGAACAAGCCAUGCUGAUGGGGGCAGAUUGGGUCUGGGCCGUGCACGACGGGCCUUCCAAGAACCCCAAGCUGCAGGUUGCCGUGCAGGUGAUCCACAUUGAGAGGGAGCGAGAGGAGGUGGAGGAGAAGAUGUUCAAGGCCUCCGAAUCCAUGAAACUGGCCAGGGCCGAGACCAUCAACAAAUCCAACCACGAGAAGAUUGCCGAUUUCUGCUCCUCCAUCGGCAGGGAUUGUUACGGACUCUUCCUCUUCUUCGGGUGCAAGGGAGACCCCAAGUCCAUCUGCGGGGUCCUCAGCAAUGACUUCCACUCCCGCCUGGGGAACGGCCAGGAGCUGGAUGACGUGUUCCUGCUGGAGUGCAUGGAGAAGACCAAGAACUUCGUCACUCCGGGAAGGAUGCUGGACCUGAUCCUUCAAAAGGAUGGUCCGUCCGAGGACUCGAAGCCAAUCUGUGUCAAAUUCACUCAGUGACCCUGGACGAGGCUAAGCUCUUGGUGAGGUCCAACGCAAGGCAGAUCAGCACGCUAAGCCUUUGUCACUUGAAGGUUCAUCUUCCCUACUUCCCAUCUCAUCCACUAGGGGUCCUCCAACAGACCGAGUCUACAGAAGCAAUUUCCCUUCAUCAGGACUAUGAGCUAUGGGGAUCAUAAAGCAGUCUAGCCAGGGUAGAGACCACUCGGCCCAUUGAAUCCAUGUUGGUCCUCUCAAGAAGCAAUCCAGUUAAACCACACCAUCACUCUUUCCCUAUAUUCUGGAAAUUAUUAUUCAUCCAUUUAUCUUUUGAAGGUUAUGGAAUCAAACAGAAGGGAAGCAGGUCCUUCAGCCUAACUCAUGGAUCCCAAACUGGAAGUCCCUUCUACGUUAGUCCCAUUUGGUCCAUAGCCCUCUAAAUCUUUCCUAGGCAUAAAUGUCAUGUUACAUAAGGUGUAGAAGGAUGUGGCAAAUGUGGGCAAAUGUGAUUAAAAGUAAAUGGGCAAAAGGGUCAGCAUGAACAUGAUGGGAUGAAUGGCCUGAAUCUCUGCUGUACCUCUCUACGAAUCCUGUCAGGUAACACAUUCCAAAUCAUAAGUCUUUGGGCAGCAUAGCGACGCAGCUGGUAGAGCUGCUGCCUCACAGAGCCAGAGACCCAGACUAUGGGUGCUGACUCUGUGGAGUUUGCACGUUCUCCUUAUGAUGUCGUGGUUUUCCACCAGGCGUUCCGGUUUCCCCCCCACACCCAAAUAAUGUGCGGGUUGGUAGGUUAAUCGGGCUGCUGUAAAUAGCCCCCCCGUUUGUGUUGGUGAACGGUAGAAUCUGGAGAGAAUUGAUGACAGUAACAAAAGCUUUUCACGGUACCUCGUUCGGUACACGUGACAAUGACCUAAAUUAAACCGAAGGUAGAUACAAAAAGCUGGAGUAACUCAGCGGGGGCAGGCAGCAUCUCUGGAGAGAAGGAAUGGGGUUGAGUCCCUUCUUCUGACCCUCCGCAGGCUUCUUUCAGACUUUAGGCCGAUUACUUCAGAUCUGUGGUCUUUCAACCAUCCUACCCACUGCCAGAUAGUUUGUUUGUGUUUGCUCAACCUGUGAUUUUCAACACCUUUACCAAAUUUUACCUCAGCCUACCCCCUUGCCAGUAAAAGCCUCCCAUUAAGGACCUGCUUUGGUUUUUCAGUAAAUGCAUCAAUCGGCAAACAAUACCAGGGAGAUACAGAAGCAGUUAUCAUUUUCUCUUCCCCUCGCCUCAAUCCCCAUUCAUUGUGUGUCAGUAGGGGCUGCAGGUGGUGGUUUACACCAAAGAUGGAUACAAAAUGCUGCAGUAACUCAAUGGAUCAGGCAGCAUCAGAGUCUAAUGAAGUCACUGACUCUCAGUGUGAAGUGU